GAAAACCCUCUAAAGAUGCUGUGUCGUGCCACUGUAGUGGCUUCUUCCUCUGCCUUUCUCUUCCUCCGCUGUUGCCUCCCAACUCUAGUCAGCCUCCGGCCGGCCGUCUCCUUAACACAGAACACCAUGCCUUCAAUUAAGUUGCAGAGUUCUGGUGGAGAGAUAUUUGAAGUUGAUGUGGAAAUUGUCAAACAAUCUGUGACUAUCAAGACCAUUUUGGAAGAUUUGGGAAUGAAUGAUGAAGGAGAUCAUGACCCAGUUCCUCUACCAAAUGUUAAUGCAGCAAUAUUAAAAAAGGUCAUUCAGUGGUGCACCCACCACGAGGAUGACCCACCUCCUCCCAAAGUUUAUGAAAACAAAGAAAAGCGAACAGACGAUAUCCCUGUUUGGGACCAAGAAUUUCUGAAAGUUGACCAAGGAACACUUUUUGAACUCAAUCUGGCUGCAAACUACUUAGACAUCAAAGGUUUGCUUGAUGUUACAUGCAAGACUGUUGCCAAUAUGGUCAACAGGAAAACUCCUGAGGAGAUUCACAAGACCUUCAAUUUAAAAAAUGACUUUACUGGGCCGGGAGCUGUGGCUCACGCCUUUGUUAGUAUUAGACAAACAGUAGACAAAUGCAGCAGCAAGUCAAUGGUAUUAGCGGAAUAUUGUCCUCAUUGCAUGUGUAGUUUGAGGACAGAUUCCAAACCUAUGGCUGAGUUUCUUCCAGUAUGA